AUGGGUAGAGUAAAAGAAAUGAUUGAACUAGCAAAUAAACGAGAUAGGGAUAUAGGAACCAGAAGGUUGUUCCAUAUCUUUACGAGCAAAAGUCAAAUUAACCUUAAUAGCAACGUUGAGACCAUUAAAAAUAAGAAUGAAUCUGUGCCUCCCAGAAACCCCGAUUGCAAGAAUUCUCUCCCUAAUAAUGGGUCCCGAAGAAUUAUCUCCAAAAAUUCGGGUUUAUCCGCCAAACAGAAUCCAACUUUAAUAAAAGAAUAUGUGGAAUAUUAUCUAAAUAAACCUGAUGAGAGAACUGUGACAACGGUGAAUAAGGAAUCUAAUAAUUUGAUUAAACAAUAUAUUGAUUUCUUCUUGGAAAGAACACCUGAUGAUCGUGCUAGCGAUAAGUUAGAAAAAUUUGGGGAACGUAUCGAGAAAAGAGACAUUGAAGAAAGAGUUAAUGACACCAGCCUAAGAACUUUUGCGGACUCAAGUACAGCUCGCAGGAGUUCAGUCACUUCCACCACAGCUGACGAACAAGGUAUAACGCCUUCAGAUAGAUCUCAAACAUUUGAUGCAGAUGAAACCCUCAUUGAUCUGACCAAAAGUUUUAUAUUAUCUAAUGAAAGUAUCGAAUCUGGUACAGAACUAUCAAUUCACAAUAAACUAGACUUGGAUGACCUUUCCACAGUGCCAUUGGCACUUUCAGAAACAAAAUCAUCCAAGAAUCCCGAGCCUAAUAUGCUAUCUGUCAUUCAACCUAACUCACCACCCAAUGUAACUAAGAAUCGCUUUGUUCCUGAACUAGAUAAUGACUACUUGCCCUUAAUUAAAUACAAAGAAAAGAAUAAUAUUCAAAAUACGUUGAUAAGUAUGAACCCGGGAAAUAUUAGACUACGACAUGAAUCAAAUUUCACUAAUCAACAUAAGCAUCAAGAAGUUAUCAUAUUCCCUGGUUCAUUUCAACAAAAACCACGUAUUACAAACGGUAUUAGUCGCUCUACUAGUCCAUCUAAUGCAUCAAUAAACGAAGAAAAUACACCUACGAAAAAGGUAGAGCAGCAGGAAAUGAAAGUGAUCGAGAAUACUACUAAACCAAUAGCUAGGAAGAUAGAACUAUCUAACAAGAAUAGAAAUUCAACAUUUACACUUCUAGAACCAGCUGUCGGUAAGAAGAUUGAAAAGAGAAUACCGUUAUCUUCUUUGGACAUAAACACCAUAACGGUAAUUAAGGAAGCAGUCACUGACCAAGAAGACAUCUUUGGCAUAAUAAAAACUAACUCAAGUAAGAAAGUACAAGAAAAGGAAAAUCUACCGUCUAAUAUAAAUUUCCAUGAGCAAAUCCUUUUAGAAAGAAAGUUACUAUGUUGGAAAGAAGAUUUCACACCCGAAAUUAAAGUGGAUAAACUUGUAAUACGGAAAGAGACUGUACAUACUCCUAAAAUGCAUCAUCUCGUGAAGCAACACGUUUAUAGAACUCAGAAUGAGUUCAUAGAGGAACCAAAGGUAUAUUCCGCUAUUUCUAUGCCUUUAAUGACACGACUACCAAGCAUCCAAAUUAAUAGUCACGUUUCAAGUUCAGAUUGUCCAUAUUAUUACAGUGAAACCCUACAGAAAUGGGUGACGAAAAAUGAAAUUAAACACAAUGUUCAAUGA